GUGGCCUAGCGGAGCCAGAGGACUGACAGAGUUUCCUUUUUGGAAGAAUGAAUGUUCCUCUUUCCCUUUUUACCUUUGCUCUGCUGCAGUUGAUUAGCGCCGCUGUGGUCGCCGUCUCCACCGCCGUAGUCGCUGGAUCCCUUGGACACGUUUCCUUGGAAGACCAACUUCUGGAAGCGGGUACAGUCAGUGGUUCCGGACGCAGGACUUGCAGACUGUACUGUCGGGUUGGCAUUGGUUUUCAUCUUCAGAUACACACUGACGGACGAGUUAACGGCAGUCAUGAACCCAAUCGGUUAAGUGUCCUGGAGCUCUUUGCUGUAUCUCAGGGUGUCAUCGGUAUCCGAGGAGUCUACAGUAACAAAUUCCUUUCCAUGAACAAGAGAGGAAGGCUUCACGCCGUGGAGAUGUUCACGGACGACUGUAGAUUCCGGGAGCGUUUCCAGGAGAACAGUUACAACACGUAUGCCUCGGUGUUGCACCGGAACCACCGGACGGGACGGGACUGGUACGUGGCCCUCAACAAGAGAGGAAAAGCCAAGAUGGGCUCCAGCCCCAGGGUCAAAUCACAGCACGUCGCCACGCACUUCCUCCCCAGGCUCAACCUGCACGACCUGCAGAGCGAACGAGGCUUCACCAUCACAGACAGGAGUAAAGAGAGGAGGAAAAGCCUCCCGGUGGCACCUCAGCCGCCCUCGCAGCCGAAGAUGAACCUUAAUACAGGAACAGGGAAGAGGGUGCAGACUGUCAAGUACUGGCCAAAGUUUCGGUUCGGAUAGACUGAGGAGAGGUUCAUGUCAAGGAAGACUGUAGGUUGAGUGAUGUAGCCUGGAAUCCAUGAUAGGAUUCAGGAUUGCCAGACUGCUGUAGUGAAACAAUGGUGAAACAGAGUUCCAGGCUGUGUGGAUUGGAUUAGGGCUGAAUAGUGAAACAGAGUUCCAGGCUAUGUGGAUUGGAUUAGGGCUGAAUAGUGAAACAGAGUUCCAGGCUGUGUGGAUUAGGGCUGAAUAGCGGGAACCGUGUUACCGAGAUUAACAGAGAUUUCCCGCCUAAAACCACUCC